GAACCUGCCCCAGCCACAGUCAGGUCAGCGUGGGUACGAGUGUGUACUCACAAUACAGGGUGUGGAGCAGAGAGUUCCCGCUCUCCGCUUCAACAGCUCCCAGCGUACAGUGCCAGAACACAUCAUACUCGUAUGAUGGGAUGGAGAUGAGUAGCCUCCCUGUGGAUCUGACGGUUAUCUGGAAUGGAGACUUCAGCAUUGACAACCCGGCCCAAAACAAAGUGCACCUGUACAAGUGUGACGCACGGAGGGAGAGCUGUGGACUUUGUCUGAAGGCGGACCCUCUGUUCGGCUGUGUGUGGUGUAAGGGAGAGAACCGUUGCUCUCUGAAACAGCACUGUCCUCACCCGCAGAGCAUGUGGCUCGAGCACAAUGGCAUCAAUAGCAAGUGCACGCACCCCAAAAUCACGAAGAUCACUCCACUUCGAGGACCGCGUGAAGGCGGAACACUGGUGACUAUUCGUGGCGAGAACCUGGGACUGGAGUUCAGUGAGAUUAAGGACCAUGUAAAGGUUGCAGAUGUGGAAUGUAUACCAGUACCCGAGGGAUAUAUCCCAGCAGAACAGAUUGUGUGCGAAAUGGGAAAAGCAGAAAUGAGCCAGUUUGCUGGAAAUGUCCAAGUGUGUGUGGGAGAGUGUCGCCCCGAGUUCAUGGCCAAGUCGUCUAAGUACUACUUCUUUUUGGUCCCUAAACUGUUGAGUUUACAGCCGAACCGAGGGCCAGUAUCUGGAGGCACCAUAGUAAACAUCAGCGGCAGCAACCUAGAUGCAGGCAGCAAUGUCUCAAUCAUGUUUAAAGACCAGAAGUGCACCUAUCAACGGCGAGGAGGACAAUGGAUAACUUGUCGUUCUCAUGCCUCUAUGCAAGGCUACGGAAACGUGUCCGUAUCGGUGUUUGUGGAUAAAGCCCACAUUCACAAAGAUCUCAAGUUUGAGUAUGUGGAGGACCCCACUAUCACCAAACUCGAACCUGAAUGGAGCAUUUUCAGUGGCAACACACCAGUGACUGUGACCGGGACAAACCUGGACAUCAUCCAGACUCCUCUCAUCAGAGCCAAGUAUAAGAACAUGGAGACGGUCAAUAUAUGUCAGGUUCUGAGUCCUUCCACUAUGCAGUGCAUGGCCCCAGAGCUUCCCUACAGUCUAAGCAGGGAAAUGGAAGAGCUAGAGAGACCCGAUGAGUUCGGCUUCAUCCUAGACAACGUUCAGUCUGUGCUGGCCCUCAACAACACCAACUUCAUCUACUACCCAAAUCCAGUGUUUGAACCGCUCAGUGUGACUGGGGUCCAGGAGCUCAAGCCAGGGUCUCCCAUCAUACUCAAGGGUAGAAACUUCCUCCCUCCAGCCCCGGGUGGGAACGGGAAGCUCAACUACACGGUUCUUAUUGGAGACAAACCUUGUACUUUAACUGUAUCUGAUACUCAACUGCUCUGCGAAUCGCCCAAUCUGACUGGACGACACAAGGUUCUGGCCCGUGUAGGUGGCAUCGAGUUCUCUCCAGGUGUGGUCCACAUCACCUCCGACAGCCCCCUCAGCAGCACCGCCGUCAUCAGCAUUGCUGGGGCAGGAGGCCUCCUCAUCUUCUUCAUCGUCAUUGUCCUCAUUGCAUACAAGCGCAAGUCCCGUGAGAGUGACCUCACUCUUAAGCGCCUGCAGAUGCAGAUGGACAACCUGGAGUCCAGAGUAGCCUUGGAAUGCAAAGAGGCAUUUGCAGAGCUGCAGACAGAUAUUCAUGAGUUGACCAGUGAUCUGGACGGAGCUGGGAUUCCAUUCUUAGACUACCGCACAUACACAAUGCGAGUCCUGUUUCCUGGCAUUGAGGAGCACCCUGUCCUUAGAGACCUGGAGGUGCCAGGUUACAGACAGGAACAGGUGGAAAAGGGCCUUAAACUGUUUGGACAGCUUAUCAACAACAAGGUUUUCCUGCUGUCCUUCAUCCGAACCCUAGAGUCUCAGAGAGGCUUCUCCAUGCGAGACCGCGGUAAUGUUGCAUCCUUGAUCAUGACCGUUUUGCAAAGUAAACUGGAGUAUGCAACGGAUGUGCUCAAACACCUGCUGUCUGACCUCAUUGACAAGAACCUGGAAAGCAAGAACCAUCCCAAACUCUUACUCAGAAGAACAGAGUCUGUGGCUGAGAAAAUGCUCACAAAUUGGUUCACUUUUCUGCUAUACAAAUUCCUCAAGGAAUGUGCUGGGGAGCCCCUCUUCUCUCUUUUCUGUGCCAUAAAGCAACAAAUGGAAAAAGGCCCCAUCGACUCUAUCACCGGAGAAGCCCGCUACUCACUCAGUGAAGACAAGCUCAUCAGACAGCAAAUUGAUUACAAGACACUGGUGGUGAACUGCAUGCAUCCAGACAAUGAGAAGAGCCCAGAGGUGCAGGUGAAGGUGCUGAACUGUGACACUAUCAGCCAGGUGAAAGAGAAGAUCUUGGACGCCAUCUACAAGAACGUGCCCUACUCGCACAGACCAAAAGCCUCUGACAUGGACCUAGAGUGGCGUCAAGGCAGAGUAGUACGAGUCAUUCUUCAAGAUGAAGAUGUCACGACAAAGAUUGAGUGUGACUGGAAAAGACUCAACAUGCUGACUCACUACCAGGUGCCUGAUAAUUCUGUGGUAGCUCUCGUACCAAAGCAGGUCACCGCAUACAACUCUGUGAACAACUCCACUGUCUCCAGAACCUCUGCUAGCAAAUAUGAAAACAUGAUCAAGUACACGGGCAGUCCGGACAGCCUGCGUUCCCGCACACCAAUGAUCACACCUGACCUGGAGAGCGGCGUCAAGGUGUGGCAUCUGGUGAAGAACCAUGAGCAUGGAGACCAGAAGGAGGGAGACCGUGGCAGCAAGAUGGUCUCGGAGAUCUACUUGACCAGACUGUUGGCCACCAAGGGCACUCUACAGAAGUUUGUUGAUGACCUGUUUGAGACCAUCUUCAGCACAGCACACAGAGGAAGUGCCCUUCCUCUCGCCAUCAAGUACAUGUUUGACUUCCUGGAUGAGCAGGCCGACAAGCACAGCAUUCACGACCCGCACGUCAGACACACAUGGAAGAGCAACUGUCUACCUCUACGGUUCUGGGUGAAUGUGAUCAAGAACCCACAGUUUGUGUUCGACAUCCAUAAGAGCAGCAUCACGGACGCCUGUCUGUCUGUGGUAGCGCAGACCUUCAUGGAUUCCUGCUCGACGUCAGAGCACCGCCUGGGCAAAGACUCCCCCUCUAACAAGCUGCUGUAUGCCAAGGACAUUCCCAGCUACAAGAGCUGGGUGGAGAGAUAUUACUCUGACAUUAGUAAGAUGCCUGCGAUCAGUGAUCAGGAUAUGAACGCAUAUCUGGCAGAACAGUCCCGUAUGCACAUGAACGAGUUCAACAGCAUGAGCUCCCUCAGCGAGAUCUACUCUUAUGUGGGCAAAUAUACAGAAGAGAUUGUGUCUGCUCUGGAGCAGGAUGAUGGUGCCAGGAAACAGAGACUGGCCUAUAAGCUGGAGCAGGUGGUUGCCUUCAUGAGCCUGGAGAGCUGAGGACCGCAUUUCCCAGAGUGCACUGGGAGAUCCAUCAGAAACCGAGCCGUGCCUGAGUGAAGACCUGUCCAUCUAUUUCAUCUCUUCUGUUUGCAAUCUUCCCACAAAACAAGCGUUUGCAUCAUAUUAGCUCUGCUUCCUAGAAGAGUAGAGAUGGGAACUGGAGGGUAGGCGGAGGAGCCAAGGACUAUAUUACCCAUGAUGCAGUAGAGUGGGCGGCCAUCCUGCUCUGCUGUGUAGAGGAGGGGUGGCUGCCUACGAGUCCCACGUCACUGCAUCCUCCAUCCUUCUCCCAUGACUGGAAAAGAAAAAAAAAAAACAUUUCUGUUGCCUUCAAAAUUUAGCUGAUAAGCAGAAACCACAAUGUUUGGUGUCAAUUUGUUCUGACUUUUAUGACUAGGGUAGUGUACGACGCUAAUAUAGAGUCCAGUUCAUUGUAGUACCUUUAUUAAACACAGAAACGCGAGACAAAAAAUGGUACUGCAUGCAUCAGAAGAAUGCAGUCCAUUCGGGCCAUUUCAAAAGACACAAAACACCUUGAGGACACUGGAUUUAUGGGACACGCAAGAUCAUUUAUAUGCUUUGAUAAGAGAACAAUCAAGCCUUGAGAAUCCCGACUGCUUAUUCUCACUUUGAAGACAGCGAAGUUUGUUUAAACCCUCUGCGUUUAGCAGGACGUGGCAAGUUAGUGCUUCAAUUCUUUUGUUUCUUCCAGGACCUUACUUGACACUGAAACUAAAAGACGAGACCUGUCUUCUUGUGGGAUACCCACAUCUUCACCACUUCACCCCCAGCCUUCAUUUCGGCAUUUAUCCGGCUUGUGCACAUCUAAAUUGAUCCUCUCUUAUCCAGAUGAGUGGAGGAGAAGCCAAGGUUCGACCCCCUUAGAAUCAAGCACACACACCCCUCUUCCAGAGAGCGACGCCUUCUCUCUGUACUCCAGCGAGGUCGCCAGGACCUACGCUGUGCUGCAAGAGGACGAAGUAAUCUUAACAACAAAAAAAGCACAUUCAAUAGGUGUCUCAGUUCACACAUCCAGUAGGGGGACUUUAAUUACAAAAUAUCCUACUCAGAAUUAGCUGUUAAAUGGGGAAAUGGUGGGAUGUUGAAACUGCCACAGGGUCCCACCCAAACGAACACUCUGGAAGCCUCUAGAAAAACCCACACGUGGACAAGGUGGUCAGCAGAAAACCAAAGGAGCCCAAUUUUUAAAAAAGAGCAUAGCGAAUAAAUGACCCCUAAGAAAGCGAACACAAGGCAUUGUUUGUUUUAUGACCUGCAGAACGAAUCUAUGGCUCUGUCUGCAGCCUCGUAUUUGUUUCUGUCCAUUAUUCUGUGUGCAGCACAGAGGCCGUACUUACCCUUGCGUGUCCGUGUUCGGUUAUUGCACAACUGGGAAUGGAGAAAGAAAUCCCGAUCUGAAGUUUAAGGGCUUGCUGUUAAAGUGUUGCUGGCAGCCUUGAGAGAAGAAUCUUACCUGGGCUUAACCACUCCAAAAGCAAACGGAUGGCAUGACGAGGACGUGACAAGUAUUGGAUGUAACUUUGACAAAGGGAAAGAGACAAUUUAGCUGCCCACCUUUCCUCUGUCCUCUGAACCCCUCUUUCCCCUUGACAGCGUACCCUAUGUGGUGAUGUGAAUGUGUGGAGAAUCUGCCCAGGUCCACCUUGGGUGCUUUAUUGGCUUUUUCAGCGCAUGUAUUUCAAUUUAAACUUCAGAAAAAGAAAAAGAAAAAAGGAAAACAGAAAAAUAUAAGCCUUGCAAUUGAUGAUGUGGAUGUGUUCUUUUCUUUCUUUUGCUUGGAAGAACGAGAUGGAAAAAGUGGCUGUCAUCUUCAAAAUUGCAACCUCUGUUAAGGUGGAAGCUUUAUCCUGACCCUUCCAUUUAACUGCCAUGACCAUGUUAUGUGAAUGUGUUAGAUACUAAUAAGACUAAGGUCAAACCUUUAGCAGAUAUAGUGUAUACCCUUGCAUGCUGACCUAUUUGGAUGAUAUGAAAUGAACUGCCUUGCUAUCAAUUUAUCUAAUACUACUAGGGAUUUCUAAACCAAACCAAACUCUUGUUAGACUUCCAUCAGACUCCUUUGCUCUUCCUGUCAGGUGGAUUGCCUUUCUCGAAGGCCGUCCAUCUGAGAGUUCUCGUUCACGCUGGGCAAAUGUGAUGACAACCUCACAUGCCAGUCCAGUGACACCUAACAUACUAUCACAACACAUUACAUUUGUGUUUUUUACUGUACGUCUUUAAUGUGCAACUCUAAAGAGUUGAUUCCCUGAAUGUGUUCAGUCAUUGUUCUCCUUAUCUGUCUGUAUAUUUUAUUCCUGCUUUUUCUGUGCAUUUGAAUCAUUUUGAUGCAACCUAAUGUUUUCAGGAUUCCAUUAGCAUUACACCAAAUUAUUUUUUAAUGUUGUUUUGGAUAUUGUCUCUCUGUAUGUGUGACUGCUUUGAGCUCCCUUUUGUUUUGUUGUUUUUUGGUGUAGCUUAGUGACAGAGGAUUGUUUUGAGGUAUUUGAGGAUUUCAGGUACACAGCUGCCCCCGACUAAUGAUUUUAAUGAGAUAAACUAAUAAAAUACCACUGUCACCACGUUAGGUAUUUUCAUUAUUAUUAUUAUUAUUAUUUUAGUAAAUCUUUCAACACUGAUAUUUGUUAAUGAAUAAUGAAUCUUGGAAAUGAGUUCAGAAUUGACACUAUAAAGUGUUUCAUUAUUUCUUCUGGGAACUCAUUUAUAAAGUCCACAGAGGUUUUAAAUGAGUUGAUGAUGAUUGGAAAGCUGAUAUGUUCCUGGAUUCCCUCAUUACUCUGAUCCUGUGUUUCACGUUUCAUCUCUCAUGUACGUUUAACCUUUCCUUUACACCCAAAAUACCUGAUAAAGUUUCCACCUUAAACAUUUUAUAAGAACUAAAAAGUCCUUUUAGCUCAGUGUUACAACAGGCAUUACACAGACCUGUCGGAAAAGACUUUUUAAUAUUUCCAGAUUUGAUGCAAGAUAGAUUUAUCCUGAUGGGAGGCGAGAAAGAGAGAGACCAGCGGAAAGGCAAGCUUCUCUAACUUUGUUAUAAUUAAUUGUAUACCUGUGUAUGUAAAUAUAAUGCAUUCCUAUUUUGCAGUCGAGAACAAAAUACUAUUUGUAAUAUAGAAUAAACUUUAUUAUGAAAAAG